GUUGAAAGAGAGCCUUCCAGGAGAGCUGUUUUCUUCAUGAAAAUGUAAUAAGGUAAUUUUAUCUGCUGAGAGAAGAAAGGAUGAGGUUGGUUAUGGGAAGAUGCUCAAGAAUGGUAAAGUAGUCCUGGAGAACAAUAAAAAUAUUUCACUCUGAAGCUACCUAGGAUAAUUUUUAGUUUUACUCUAUUACCUUUUACUUUAUUUGUAAAAUCCAUCUCUAAUUGAUUUUCAAGCAUGUUCUUUCUAGUAAGGUUUAAGGAUUUUUUUUUAGGUUCAUACCAUUUUAAAAGACUUAUUGAAGUCAAGUAACAUCUAAGAGCAAUUGCUCUCAUUGCACCAAGCAAUUCUAGAGGCUCUGUUCACGUGCCUUGUAGACAACUUAGAAACAAGUAAAAACUCCCUACUUCAGAAUUUAGGCUGUAAAUACAACGUAAUUUGUACAUGAUGUACAAAUGGGGGGGGUGGCUUCAAGAGGAGGGUCAAUAGAACCCCCAAGCAAGAGUAGAAAAGUUGACAGCAGUGCCAGUCUGUGCAGCAUAGCCUGCUGCUGAGCACCAGCUGGGUGCAAGAGUUGAGAAAUUGGGUGUAGCGUGGUUCCGGAGUUAGAGCUCUGUUUGGCUUGGUAUAUAGCACUAGAUAUUAGCAGUUCAGCUGCUUGGUAGUGGAGUCCAGGCUAAGUAGGAAAGAAAGGAGGAGGCUUGAAGGGGGAGAGAAAAUGGAGUGAUCCUGGGACUGAGGUCUUCCCAUUGGCAGGUCAGAGGUAGUGGAAGUGAGAUAAAAAGUAGAGAUAUGGAGGAGCAGGAACUUGAAGGCCACAGUCAUUGGAUGGGUUGUCUGUAUGGGUGCUCACAUCCCUUAGGAUUAUGAUGGUUGUGAUGGAGAGGAAGGUGAGGGCCCAAGUGACCCAGGAGAUGCAGCCUCUAGGCUUGGAGGCUCAGAGGUCACAGCUGGGAUGGUAUUACAUGACAAAACAGGAUGAGCUUCACUCUUCUCUGCCUAGAACUUUCUACCCUCACUUUUUCUCAUCGUUAUAAUCUCAGCUUAAAUCGUCCCUUUGAGAGGCUUCUCCUGAUCACCUUCCUAAAGCAAGUGUGCCCCCCUUUUUCUGUCACUGUGCAUGAUAAUUAGUAAAGAAUUAGGACACAAAAAACAUCCUCUGUUUCUCUACUUUGGAUUUUACCUGCAAUAAUAUGAGCUACCUUCUUACAACUUUGCAUUCUGGGGCUCUAGUUCAGAAGAUAUCAUUUUCUUUUCCCUCUCCCAAGAGAGAGCAUGGCCGCUUUCCAGGGUCUAUCUCCGUAGUAUAGGACUAUUCCUGGUAGGAAUGGGAGCAGGGGACUGCUUCUCACCUUCAAGCAGCCUUUUCUUUUCCAGCUUCCUUCUACUUUCCACUCCCACCUCCCAGAAGAAAGUAAACAAAUCAAAUUCAGAAAAAUAUUCUGGCUAGAAUGUUACUGCAUUGAGUAGUGGGUGAGAAAUCCCGAACCAGUCUCUGAUGGUUGGAGUUUAGGUUAUGACGUGAAGGGGGAGCCUGUGAGGUGUGCACCUGCUGGACAGAGCCCUGAGUUUUAGAACUCACUCUGCCUCUAGCUGAUCUCAAAUGAGCUCUUCCACCUCUCCAAGCACUAAACCAUUUCUCUGUAAAUAGAUGGCACUCUAAGGUGUCUUCGGUCUUUAUCACCAACUCUGUGUGCUGCUAAUACCCAAUCUCCGGUGUUGGAUAAGAAGCAAAGGUGAUGAGUUGUUUUCUUGUUUUUAAAGAUUAACCUCAGACCCUAGUUACACCUAGGAAUGCCAUUAUCAUCCUAAAAAUGACUGUUCUAUAAUAAAGAAAUUGGGUAAAGGAGCUUUCUUGUAUUCUUGAUGAAUCAGGGCAAGGAGUCCUUCAUUCAUGGAAGGGGAAGGCUGCAUUAGUUGCUCUCAGGUUCCUACUUAGCCUCAACCAAAUAUCCCUUUAUUUUUCAGUGGAAACUUGGCGCUGAGGAGUCCUGGGAAGUGACUCAGUCAGGUGUGUGGGGCCUCAGCACCAUUGGCCUUGCUUCUCCUCUGCACUGUGUUUGUCUAGAAUAACUGGGACAGAAGGAGCAGUUUCAAGUGCUCUGCCAGCUAGGGCCUGGCAUGCCUAUCUCUAAGCUGGCCCGGACCAUGCCAUCAGGAAGAUGAAAUAGAGACUAGCUACUUGACACCAGAGUGGCAAAGCGUUCAGAGGAGACAAAGAAGCUCUGUUAAUUCAACCAUGUCGGUAUUGUCAAGGUCCAAAGCAGUAGAGGCUAUUGCUUUAUGAAAGUUCUCCUCUUUCUAUGCUGAUCAGUUAUUGUUCAUUUUUCUAAAUAUUUGUCUGCAUAUAACAACUGCUUUUAAUAAGUUUGUGGAUGAAUUUCUUAACUUUGUAAACUAUAUAUAAAACAACAGGAUAUGAGUUGUGACAUUUAGGGGUGUUGUCUUAUUGCUUCAGAACUGUGAGGUUUUCAUGUUAACACACCAUGUCACAUGAUUUGACUAAAUGCAGGGGGAAAAAAGCCCUCAACUUGGUUUCAGUCGCACAAAUAUAGUUCAAGGCUACAGAUACAAAGUUAAGAUGAGGAAGUUCUGUACAAUGUAGGAAAUAGGAGCUUUUAAAGAUAAUUCACAGAUAUGAAACUGGCUUCCCAAGCCCUGAUAGAUGAGUUAAAUAAGCGUAAAACUACCAGAAGGGAGGUUCGUUACUACUUAGUUAAGAGAAAGAGAGCAGGGAGGCACCCUGAGUAAAGUGCUUAGUUAGACUCGCUGUUGCAGAGGUGGCCUGUAUAUGCGAAGUGACUAAGACGGAGGAGUGGACGUUUAGGAGAAGUCUAAGAGAAGAAGUGGACACAAUAGCCUAAACCAGCGAAACGUAGGCAACAUGGCCAAUGCCCUGGCCAGCGCCACUUGUGAGCGCUGCAAAGGAGGCUUUGCACCUGCUGAGAAGAUCGUGAACAGUAAUGGAGAGCUGUACCACGAGCAGUGCUUCGUGUGCGCCCAGUGCUUCCAGCAGUUCCCAGAAGGACUCUUCUAUGAGUUUGAAGGAAGAAAAUACUGUGAACAUGAUUUUCAGAUGCUCUUUGCUCCUUGCUGUCACCAGUGUGGUGAAUUCAUCAUUGGCCGAGUUAUCAAAGCCAUGAAUAACAGUUGGCAUCCUGAGUGCUUCCGCUGUGACCUCUGCCAGGAAGUGCUGGCUGAUAUUGGGUUUGUCAAGAAUGCUGGGAGACACCUGUGUCGCCCUUGUCAUAAUCGUGAGAAAGCCAGAGGCCUGGGGAAGUACAUCUGCCAGAAAUGCCACGCCAUCAUCGACGAGCAACCCCUGAUCUUCAAGAAUGACCCUUACCAUCCAGACCACUUCAACUGCGCCAACUGCGGGAAGGAGCUGACAGCUGAUGCCCGGGAGCUGAAAGGGGAACUGUACUGCCUGCCGUGCCAUGAUAAAAUGGGGGUCCCCAUCUGUGGCGCUUGCCGACGGCCCAUAGAGGGGCGUGUAGUAAAUGCCAUGGGCAAGCAGUGGCAUGUGGAGCAUUUUGUCUGCGCCAAGUGUGAAAAACCAUUUCUUGGACAUCGCCAUUAUGAGAGGAAGGGCCUGGCAUAUUGUGAAACCCACUACAAUCAGCUAUUUGGUGAUGUUUGUUUCCACUGCAACCGUGUUAUAGAAGGUGAUGUGGUCUCUGCUCUGAAUAAGGCCUGGUGCGUGAAUUGCUUUGCCUGUUCUACCUGCAACACUAAGUUAACACUCAAGGAUAAGUUUGUUGAAAUUGAUCUAAAGCCAGUCUGCAAACACUGUUAUGAGAAAAUGCCAGAAGAAUUUAAGAGGCGACUUGCCAAACGGGAGAGAGAAGCAAAGGAUAAGGACAAGCAGAAAAAGAAAAAGCCAGUCUGUUUGUAAACUUUUCUACCCUUCUGUGAUCAUUUUCACUACUUUCUUCUUUGGAAUAAAUUUGUGGAGUUUGACAUGAAGCCAGUUUGUAAGAAGUGCUAUGAGAAAUUUCCAUUGGAGCUGAAGAAAAGACUUAAGAAAUUAGCUGAGACCUUAGGAAGGAAAUAACUUCCUUUAUAUUUUUUCUCUUCUAUACAAAGAUAAGAGUUUGAUUUGAUCUACCCUUAUUUAUAAAAACUUUGUCUCAAAGCAGUUGAGCAAAGAAGACUUACAUGUCUACAGAAAUGGUUUUCUUCAUCUCCUUUUUCUCAUUAAAAAAAUUGUAUAAUCAUGUUUAAAACACAUGAAAUCAAGAUUUGCCUUUAUUAAUUAACCCUUAUCAAUUUGUUGACAUAUAGACUAUAUAGCAAAAAAAUACAUGGUCAAAUGUUAAAUCUUAAUUAAGGCCUCCAAAAUUAAAUAUAACUUUUUAAAAUCAAAGGAGUCAGCUUUUAUAUGACUCAGCUAAAAAACAGUAUACUAACAUUAAUUUACUUUGUAUUCAAAAGAAAAUUACCUCUGACUGCUGUUAGGGGAAGAUAUAGAAAAGAACAAUAACCAACCAAGAAAAACAAAUGUUAUACAAUCUUAGUAUGUUUGUCAAACCUAGUAGUUGUAAAAUGAAUGAAUAUACACAUUACUAAGACAAGGAACAAGUGUAUCAGAACUACUUGAUUGUUUUUUUCUAAAUGCAAUAAUUACUAUGCUUAGUUUUGUAUUUUGUUCUCCUUGUGAAUUCUUCCUUCAUGUGAUUACUUAACACAGUAGUUAUAGCUAGCUAAUAGUAUGUCUCAAAAUUUUGUGCAAAAAAUUUAUACCAGUUAUUUGGAAAUACAGUAUACUUUACAAUAUUGAAAAAAAUGAAGUAUUUUUUAAUGUAUUACAGCAAUUAUGCCUCUAAGCUUAAUGUCAACUGUGCAGUCUUAGAAUAGGACAUGAAAUUAAAUUGUAUGUAGCUUGGAAUGUAUCACUUCAAAAAAGUAAAUAUAUAUUUUGGUCAUAUUGCCUUUAUAACCAUCUAAUGUCUAUGCUUUAUAUGUAAUCAAACUUGCCUUGCUUUAGAAAAACACAUAUUUAAUCAGGAAUUCUAGCCAUUUCAUACAAUACCAACCAAAAAUAAGUGCAUGGACUGAGAUUGGUAAACCCAAAUUCAUUUACCACAAUUGUAAUUAAAUUUUUAAAAAUUUUUUUCUCCUUUUUCUGAGGUGACCUAUUAAAAUUAAUUCCUGUCAUCUUAAUAGAAGAGAAUAAUAUUGAUGAGUGUUUCAGGUUUUCCAUUUCAAAUCUCACAGAUUUUAUUUAUUGUGAGUAUGAGGUAUAAAAUUUCACCUUUAAUUUGGAAGAGGGGUGUUUUAGUGUCACUUUUAGGUUAAAAUUAGUGAAUUAUUUUUAGAAAGUUUUAUCCUGAAAUUUCUGGACCAUUCUUUCUGGAUAAAUUGGUUAUGCAAAGCAACCUUUCUGAACAUUUUUAAAAUGUCGCCACUGUUAUUUAAAAAGAAAUUUGCCAAGAUAGACUUUUAGGGGAAAAAUUAUUGGUUUUUACAAAAAUUGCUGAAAUAGUUUUGCCAUAAAAUAAAUCUCAGGAUUCUACCACUCUGCCAUUAAAAUAUUUGUAUGCAUGCAUUUUUAAAAUUUUUGUGCUUGUACUCUAUGGAAUAAAUUCUAUUUCUGUUU